AUGGCAGUUACGGGACGAAUAAUCGAUCUGGUGAAAACUGAUGCAACAAAUUUUUCACGUGUAACUUUCUUGGUAUUUGACGAAGCUGAUCGGAUGUUCGACAUGGGUUUUGAAGCCCAAGUGAAAUCCAUUUCUGACCACAUCCGUCCCGAUCGCCAAUGUCUAAUGUUCAGUGCGACAUUCAAACAUAAGGUAGAGCGUUUAGCAAGAGAUGCUCUGUGUGAUCCAGUACGUAUUGUCCAAGGAGAAGUUGGCGAGGCUAAUGCUGACGUUAUACAAACUGUAGAAGUACUACCACGGCAAGACACCAAGUGGGUAUGGCUUACAGAGAGGCUUGUGAAUUUUGGAACAAUGGGUAAAGUACUGAUCUUUGUUACCAAGAAGAUCAACGCUGAAGACCUUGCAAAGAAGCUCAAGGCUCGGGAUUUCGAUCUGGUCUUGCUACAUGGAGAUAUGCUGCAGCAUGAACGAAACGAACAUCUUCAAGCGUUUCGUAAGAAAGUUAACAUUAUGGUGGCUACUGAUGUUGCAGUAGUCCUGUUAACUCUUGUAAAGUUGCGAAUUGGUCACCCGAGUAUCUGGCAAGACAGUCGUGAUAUGCUACAGUCUUGA